GUCCGAGCCACCUGUAGCAGCCAGCGAGUCCACCCCGGAGGAAACACGUCUGCACGGCCCCAUUACCUUCACCGCUAUACCGGCCGACCACGGGGCUUCUCCACCGCCUGCUCCCCCGGACACGAGUCGUUUGACAGCCGAAGACCGGAGAGAUGUUUCCCCGCAGCCUCCUACCUGUCGUGUGUCUCCUGGUCGCUGUUAUCAAAGGAAUGACAGCAACAGAUCCUACAACACAUAAUGUCACCAGCGAUGGGGGAAUGAUGAACACGACAUCCACCACUCCUGCAACUUCAAGCAGCGACCACUCAACCAGCAGUUUUCCAACUUUACCACCACACACCAGUAACGACACCACCGCAAAUACACCGGUCACACACACCAGUAACGACACCACCGCAAAUACACCGGUCACACACACCAGCAACGACACCACCGCAAGUACACCGGUCACACACACCAGUAACGACACCACCGCAAGUACACCGGUCACACACACCAGUAACGACACCACCGCAAGUACACCGGUCACACACACCAGUAACGACACCACCGCAAGUACACCGGUCACACACACCAGUAACGACACCACCGCAAGUACACCGGUCACACACACCAGUAACUACACCACCGCAAGUACACCGGUCACACACACCAGUAACGACACCACCUCAAAUACACCGGUCACACACACCAGCAACGACACCACCGCAAGUACACCGGUCACACACACCAGUAACGACACCACCGCAAGUACACCGGUCACACACACCAGCAACGACACCACCGCAAGUACACCGGUCACACACACCAGUAAUGACACCACCGCAAGUACACCGGUCACACACACCAGUAACGACACCACCGCAAGUACACCGGUCACACACACCAGUAACGACACCACCGCAAGUACACCGGUCACACACACCAGUAACGACACCACCUCAAGUACACCGGUCACACACACCAGCAACGACACCACCGCAAAUACACCGGUCACACACACCAGUAACGACACCACCGCAAAUACACCGGUCACACACACCAGUAACGACACCACCGCAAGUACACCGGUCACACACACCAGUAACGACACCACCGCAAGUACACCGGUCACACACACCAGUAACGACACCACCGCAAGUACACCGGUCACACACACCAGUAACGACACCACCGCAAGUACACCGGUCACACACACCAGCAACGACACCACCGCAAGUACACCGGUCACACACACCAGUAACGACACCACCGCAAGUACACCGGUCACACACACCAGUAACGACACCACCGCAAAUACACCGGUCACACACACCAGUAACGACACCACCGCAAGUACACCGGUCACACACACCAGUAACGACACCACCGCAAGUACACCGGUCACACACACCAGCAACGACACCACCGCAAAUACACCGGUCACACACACCAGCAACGACACCACCGCAAAUACACCGGUCACACACACCAGCAACGACACCACCUCAAGUACACCGGUCACACACACCAGUAACGACACCACCGCAAAUACAUCGGUCACACACACCAGUAACGACACCACCACAAGUACACCGGUCACACACACCAGUAACGACACCACCGCAAAUACAUCGGUCACACACACCAGUAACGACACCACCACAAGUACACCGGUCACACACACCAGUAACGACACCACCACAAGUACACCGGUCACACACACCAGUAACGACACCACCACAAGUACACCGGUCACACACACCAGUAACGACACCACCGCAAGUACACCGGUCACACACACCAGUAACGACACCACCACAAGUACACCGGUCACACACACCAGUAACGACACCACCACAAGUACACCGGUCACACACACCAGUAACGACACCACCGCAAAUACAUCGGUCACACACACCAGUAACGACACCACCACAAGUACACCGGUCACACACACCAGUAACGACACCACCGCAAAUACAACGGUCACACACACCAGUAACGACACCACCACAAGUACACCGGUCACACACACCAGUAACGACACCACCACAAGUACACCGGUCACACACACCAGUAACGACACCACCGCAAAUACAUCGGUCACACACACCAGUAACGACACCACCACAAGUACACCGGUCACACACACCAGUAACGACACCACCGCAAAUACAACGGUCACACACACCAGUAACGACACCACCACAAGUACACCGGUCACACACACCAGUAACGACACCACCUCAAGUACACCGGUCACACACACCAGUAACGACACCACCACAAGUACACCGGUCACACACACCAGUAACGACACCACCGCAAAUACAUCGGUCACACACACCAGUAACGACACCACCACAAGUACACCGGUCACACACACCAGUAACGACACCACCACAAGUACACCGGUCACACACACCAGUAACGACACCACCACAAGUACACCGGUCACACACACCAGUAACGACACCACCGCAAAUACAUCGGUCACACACACCAGUAACGACACCACCACAAGUACACCGGUCACACACACCAGUAACGACACCACCGCAAGUACACCGGUCACACACACCAGUAACGACACCACCACAAGUACACCAGUCACACACACCAGUAACGACACCACCGCAAAUACAUCGGUCACACACACCAGUAACGACACCACCACAAGUACACCGGUCACACACACCAGUAACGACACCACCGCAAAUACAUCGGUCACACACACCAGUAACGACACCACCACAAGUACACCGGUCACACACACCAGUAACGACACCACCACAAGUACACCGGUCACACACACCAGCAACGACACCACCACAAGUACACCGGUCACACACACCAGCAACGACACCACCGCAAAUACACCGGUCACACACACCAGUAACGACACCACCACAAGUACACCGGUCACACACACCAGCAACGACACCACCGCAAGUACAAACUCUACUAACAUCCCUCCUGAGACUCCUAUUCCCACUACUACACCCUUAUCCUCCACUACCACCACAAACACAACACUCACAACAGUACCCCCACCCUCUUCACCUACCUCCAUCUCCAACUCCAGCUCUUUCCCCACAAAUACCUCCUCAGACAGUAGCACCGCACCCCCAACCGGAAAUACCAGCACCGUUAGUCCCUCAACGACCUCAGGAGUGAGUGGCAAUACAUCAGCCUCAUCUACCACUGGUACUGCUACCACCAUCACUGGCACCACCCAGCGACCAACAGACGCCACCACUAACAGCUCCUCCACCACUCCAACGUCCAUCACCACCAUCAGUACUGGUACCACCAUUAAUAGCACCACCCAGCGACCAACAGACGCCACCACCAAUAGCUCCUCCACCACUCCAACAUCCAUCACCACCAUCAGUACUGGUACCACCAUUAAUAGCACCACCCAGCGACCAAAAGACACAACAGCAGUCCCGCCCGUCCCUCCUGUUAUAGUGUGUCCUGCCGUCCCGUGCCCACUCGACAGCGUCUGUCUUAAUAGCACAUGCCAGUGUCUCUCUGGUCGCUUCCUGGUGAAUGGCCGCUGUGCAGCUGCCCAAGUGUUCCCAGGCCAGCUUCAUCUCACCUCCUUGACAUUUGAAAAGAACAUGAGCGACAGGGCCUCAGGAAUAUUCCAGAAGACAGCAGCUCAGAUCUCGGCAGCGCUCAGAGAGGCCCUCAAAAAUCAGCCGGGGUAUAAACAAUCAGAUGUUGUGCAACUUGAACCAGGAAGUGUACAAGCAACUGUAAACAACAUAUUUGACAACACAACCGCCACUAAAGAGUCUGUUAAUCAGGCCAUCAAUGAAGCUAUAGCCAACCCGUCAAAUGGCCUGUUGGCUAAUGCUACAUUUAUAGGUAUCAACCUGUGUAUGCAGGAGCCACUUCCAUGUGAAUUCUCCACGACAACGUGCAGAAAUUCAAAUGGCCAAGCUGCUUGUUCCUGUAAAGAGGGCUACAUCGCCAUCCCGUACUCCAACACCAGCUGCAGUGUGUGUCUAAGUGGGCAGAGGGCAGUGGGAAACGUGUGCCAACUCUGUGCAUUCGGUUACGCUGGCUUAAACUGCAAUGACUCGUCGCUGCUCGCGGUGGUGAUCAUCUCCUGUAUGCUGGGAGCUCUUCUCAUCAUCGUCCUGGCUUUGCUCAUAUAUUGCUACUGUAGGGGAUUCACAAGGAGCAAGCAGGACUACAGCAGCAGCCCGUACUCAUCCGGUGAUUUAAACAAGCCCUGGCCCACUGGCAUCACCCCCAUCCCCCGAGCCUCCAUGAACUUAGAGGCAGCUCCUCCAAUAGAGAUGUCAGAAGGGGGCAUCGCUCGUGUUCUGGUGGACAAAAAACAUCCAACCAACGGAUUGGGGUUUCAGCCGAAGUACAAAGGAGGGAAAAAGUCGGGAUCAUAUGAUCUCAACCCAGUAGGGAUGAACACCUUCAAAGAUCAAGACCCAUCCCGGUACACCUAUCUGGUUCAAGGCCACGAGAACCCCUACUUCUUAGCGGAAGAAGGCAAGGAGGACUGAUGGAAGUCAUGAGGAAUGAGGAAAAGGGGAUCAAAAGGAAGCCACUGAUUUAAAAACUCUGGGUCUUCAGGCACAUUUCUUGAGCAGGUUUUUUUAAUAAAUUCUUGAACUUGCUUGGAAUAAUAAAUCACAAGGGACAUUUCUCAACUGGGAAACAGCCACCAAAGAGAUUAAUUCGUACGAGCAAGAACAUUUGAACAUUUAGUGACGUUGGGUGCGUGGCGUGUAUUCAAUGGAAAGAGCUAAAUGAUGCUGAUCAUAAACAGUAGAUGUCGCUGUUGCUCAGUAUAAUAAUCACACUGUUUUAAAAAGGACGUUUUAAUUUGUUAUGCUGUUAGUAAAUCAUUCUGUGUCGUCUUUUCAAUUCAUCUUCUUGUAUUGUGAAUUGCACUUAAGUUUAUGUCAAGUAUACCACCAGUUGUACUCUUCUAUCAAAGGGGAAAUGAAUGUGGGCUGUCAGGGGCUCCUACACGUUUUCUUAUGGUCAUGAUUAUUUAAAAAAAGAGAGAAAUCUUGAUAACUAAAGGGGCUGGAUCCCUGUUUCGGGCUAUUUUCAAGGGAUGUUUUUAAAGGGAUGUACAUUGUAGCCGUCUAAAGCAGAGUAUUUUGUAUUUGUUAAAGCUGCAUUUGCAAAAUGUGCCUGUUUGAAUCGUCUCUUUGACAAACAGGAAACGUGCACAGCUGGUGAUAAAGCCUGUCUCCUGGAUGUGCCAAUUAUACCGUGUAUACAUUUCUUUUAAAAACGGUUCUAUAUUUAUCUUUACGUGACUGAGACGUGCACUAUUUCUUAAUUAUUUGUAAAUAAUUGAAGAUCUUUUGGAACAGAAUGCAUGUGUGUGUGUGUGUGCAAUAGAAAUAAAUAAAUUUAAAACAACA